UUCAAAUUUUAAGGAAAUCGCUAGUUGUAACUAAUUUUUGUAUGUAUGUGUUAGUUUCAAGCCUAACACAAACACUUUAUUAUACUUUGAAUUUAUUAUAUUUUAAAGUUAAAUCUACAUAAUAUUAAUAUUAUGGCUAAUAUUGUUAAGUGUGUGUUUUUAAGCACUUAAUAUUAUUAAAAUAUACAAAUGCCUGUAGGAUAUGUUUGAAACAAUCGCUAAUCAAUCGGACGCAGUUCCACUAUGUCCACGAUACAAUUUAUAUUUGAAGCCAUCAGCAAGGCUUUUGAUCUCUGUUCAGUUAAGUGGGAAAAGUCAAACAACAGUUUCCAACUGGCAGCUUAUGGAACGUGUUAAAGAAUGGAUCGAUCCAGACAAAUUUUCAAAACUUUCUGUUUCAAAAAUAUCCGAAGAAUAUGUCAGGUUUGAUGCAGAAUUAGCAGACCGAACCCGUUUGGACACAGUAUUGUUUCGGCUUUCAGAUAGACGUAUUAAAUUGCCUGGAUUUACCAAUUUACUCACUGUUAAAGCUGCAGAAGUAAAACCUGAUUUUCCAACACGCCAUGAUUGGGAUUCUUUUUAUCGUGACAGUAAAGACAUGAACGAGCUCAAACCUGGAGAACGUCCAGAUACUUUACAUAUACAAAAUAUACCGGUAGAAUGGUUAACAGAACCUGGUGAAAACUUUCCAUCUGAAUGUAUAAUAAAACAGGCAUUUGAAAUUUAUGGGGAAAUAACUCAAAUAGACUUGCCUGCUGCUGACCCAUCAAGAGUAAGUCAUGUAGCUGGGGUUUGCGAUGUUUAUAUACAAUACAAGGAUUAUUUAGGGUUUGCCAAAGCAAUGGAAGCACUAAAAGGUUCAAAGUUAGCGUACAUAACAAAUACAAAAGCAUUGUCUGCCAAUAUUAAAGUAGAUUUUGACAAAACUAAGCAUAUGACUAUAAGUUCAGUGAGUAAAAGGCUUAAAAGACGAGAAAAAUUUAUUGAGAAAUUAAGAGCAAAACAAGACGAAGAAAAGAGAGAAAAAGAAAAGGAAUUAAAAAAAAUCGAGGAAGAAAGAAUAAAAAAACUACAUCAACUAGAAAAGAAACUGGAAAGGCGGAAACUGCGUCAAGCAAAACGUAAAGCAAUAUGUUUGAAACGAUUAGCCGACCAACAGGCGGAUACUAUGAAUCAACAGAUUGCAACUGAAGAAAAACUUCUGUUAAUUGCUCAGAGAAAACUAGAAGCUAUUCAUUUAAUUGGGGAGUUAUUACCAUUACUCAAGGUUAAUCAAACUGCAUCAAAAACCAAUGAGAAUGAGGAUAAAAUAUUAUGUAAAACUGGUAAUUCUGACACAGAAUUUAAAGAUAUUGAAUCCACUUUUAGACAAAGAAUGAUUGAAAAAUGGAAACCAAUCAAAGCUAAUCGAUUCGAAAACGCCGAUUUUCGAAACAUUAACAACCGUGGUCGAGGUCGUAACAAUUGGCGAGGGCGUGGUAGGGGCCGUGGUGGAUUACAUGGUGCAUACUUAAUGCCACCCAUAUUUGAUCCUAUUCAGUUAGUAAAGUAUGGGAAUGAAUACCAAAACGACAUUCAAGACUACCAAGCUCAACGAAAUGAGAAAAAUAGAAGCCGUAGCCGCAGCAGAAGGAGACGUCGUAAACGAUCAAGAUCCAGUACGAGUUCUAGAAGUUACUAUAGUACAAGUAGAAGUCGAAGUAGAUCUAGAAGCCGAAAUAGAAGAAGAAGCUGCAGUAGAAGUAGAAGUAGAAGAAAAAGUCGAAGUAAAAGUAGGAGCCGAAGUAGAAGAAGUCAUAGUAGAAAUAAAAGCCGGAGUAGAAGUUGGAGUAGAGACUAUAGGAGAUCGAGGAGUAAAAAUCGUUCGAGAACUCAUAGCCAGACAAGGAAUAAUAGAAGCAGAAGCUAUUCAAGAAGUGUUAGAAGUUGGACUAGAAGUAAGAGCAAAAGCCCGGAUAACACCAAGUUAAAUGGUUCCGGUUUUAAACAAAAAAGAAAGAAAAGCAAAAAAAGAAAAAAGAAACACAAAAAAUCAAAAAAAUGAUUUUCAAUAUUGUGUUUUUUGUAAUUUGUCACUAUAAUUAUUUACACAUUAUUUGUAAUAAUCUCAACAAUUUUAAAAUAGUUUAGAUUAUUUGUUUCAUGUAUUCACUCAAGGUAUCAUUAUUGUUUUCAU